AUGCAAACCAUCAAUGGUGCAUACACAGACAUCGAAGAGGUGGGGCACAGGGCGCACCUGUACGCCGAGUUGGCGGGGCGCAUAGAGGCCAACUUCAACGACGUACGACUCACCUUUGACGAGCUGGGCCUCGACUUACGAGAGCUCUCGCACUACUCGGCCACCCUCGACGAAACGCCCUUCCCCAAAGGCACCCGCGCCCCUCUACACCCUCCUUCUUCCCUCGCCAUGCCAGAGUGGCCGGUGAAGAAAAAGAAAGGGCGGGCGGCACCUGGGCUGAAGGACCCCGAGGAACCGCUGCCGCCGCACAUUCCCCCGUUCCUGCCGGCCUUCCCCAGCAAGCACGCCUACAUCGCCAGCCCGGCCUACCAGGAGCGCCUCGAGGACGCCACGGAGGUGCGGCGGCUACGCAGCAAACGCAGGAGGCAGGUCGAAGCUGCCGUCACGCGGUUGGCCGACCACAUCGCGAUCGCCCCCAUCACCACCUACGACCACGCCGACAAUCCGUUCCUGCAGCGACCAACGGUCUUGCCGUCGCAGCAGGCCGCCUUUGACUUUGGCGGCGAGGAAGGGGAGGGAACCUUUGCCGCGCCGAGCCCACUCGAGCCCACCUCGCGCCACGUGGCGGCGUCCUACGCCACAUUGAAGACGGAAGAGCUCAAGGAGGAGGAAAAAGAGAAGCGCGUGCUGCUGAGGAAGAAGAUGAAGACCCAGAGCCACCUGGACGACACGCCCGACAAGGCCAAGAAGAAGGCCAAGUGGGAGAAGAUCCUGGCCCUCACCCACGACGCGCCCGUCGAGUCCCUCAACGACGCCGGUGCGCCCGACCGCGCCUUCUCCCCACGCGGCGAAAGGUCGCCCAUGCCGCCAGGCCGCCACGCCCGCUUCGACGACGACUUCUCCCCGUGA